AUGGAUGUAGAAGACGAUAAACUCUUGUUAGUUGUGAUCAUAGACAACAGAAGCCAUGACUUUUACUUGAGAUCAUGUCCAAGGACGAGAGGUGCAGGUAAGGGUAAGGUUAGAGGGUGUAGUUUACGGGUGGCGUCUUGGAACGUAGGAACUCUUAGUAGUAAAUUGUUGGAAGUGAUAGACGCACUUAAAAGACGUAGGGUCCAGAUAGCGUGCCUUCAGGAGACUAGGUGGAAAGGACAAAGAGCAGAAGAGCGCAAUGGGUAUAAGUUGUUGUAUUCCGGGUCUGAUGGGGCCAAGAACGGAGUAGGUUUUUUGGUGUCUACAGAAUUGCAUAAGAAUGUAAUUGAGGUGAUAAGACACAACGAUAGAAUUAUGGUGUUAAGGAAUGAAACUGGUAGAGACCUUCUAGACUUUGCGGCAGCUCACGACCUAGGUAUUAUAAACUCGUUCUUUAGGAAGAAGGAUUCUCAUUUGAUCACUUUUAGUAGCGGAGGACGUAACACGCAAAUCGACUAUCUUUUGAUGAGGCAGGAAGAUCGAAGGAUGUGGAUGGACUGCAAGGUUAUACCAAGGGAGACUGCGGCGGCUCAACACCAUUUGCUGGUAGCGGAUUUAGCUUUCAAAGUAAGGCUAACUGACAGGGUGAGGAAAACCCGACCUAGGAUCCGUUGUGGAAACUUGAAGGGAGAAAAAAUUAUGUUGUUUAGAGAUAAAGUUAACUCGAUGACACAGAUGCGACUAGGUGACGAUGCAAACCGGAUGUGGGAGGCUAUGGCGACUACGAUCACGACAGUGGUGAAUGAGACGCUGGGGGUAACAACAGGAAAGACUAGUGGGCAUAAGGAGUCCUGGUGGUGGAACGAAGACGUGCAUACCAAAAUAAAGGAUAAGCAACAGAGUUUUAGAGAUCUUUUGAGGUGCACAGAUGAGGAGGAACGACUGAGGGUGAAGGAGAUUUACAAGAACGCAAAAAGGGAAGCAAAAAAGGCGGUGACCGAGGCAAAAAACACAGCCUACAAACAAAUGUAUGAACAUUUGGAAACAAAAGAGGGGGAGCAUGAUAUGUUUAAGAUUUCCAAAGCUAGGGAGCGAAGAAGACAAGAUCUAGGAGUAGUAAAGUUUAUCAAAGGAGAGGAUGGACGUGUUUUAGUCAAGGAACAUGACUUUAAGUUGAGAUGGCAAACUUACUUUCAUGAUCUUUUCAACGACGGUAGGGUGUACCAACAAGUUAGCAGCAAUCCCAUGACUCAAAUGCGACAACAGAAUAAUUGCUACUACAGGAGGAUCACACAUGAAGAGGUAAGGAUGGCACUUAGGAAGUGA